AUGGCCAAAGAGUGCGAUAUCACAGCACGCUGGUGGCUUCCACUUAUCCGCCAGUUGACAAAUGCGCAUCGCCAUCGGUUUUAUCCGGACAAGGAUGUCACAAAACUCUUCACGAAGGAUCGUCAUUACCUUCUGGCCGUGACGCCCCAUGGCUUCUUCCCUUGGGGCGUGGCGGGCAUCAUCGUCGAACUGCUGAACCAAGGCUAUUUGCCCAACUUUGUGGGCGCGAGCGUUCUCGGCAAACUACCGGUUGCUGGGAGACUUCUGCGCUACUACGGGUACAAACCUGCCACCCCGGAGGCCAUCCGUGAGUGCUUGGCGAAGGAGUACCCCCGGAAUGUCACGAUCAUUAUUCCCGGCGGCAUAUCGGAGAUGUUUAAAAUCCGUGAAGACGUCGAGGUCUCGUGUGCCAACACUCGCUUGGGAUUUGUGAGGCUGGCCAAAGAGCAAGGGGCAAUGCUCGUGCCUGGCUACAUGCUCGGGAACUCUCAGCUCUACCAGGUAGCGAAGGGAUUCCUCGGACAGCUCUUUGAGAACAUCAGCCGCCGGUUAAAGACCUCCAUCACUCUUUUCCAUGGACGCUGGGGCACACUACUGCCAUAUCCUCAGAAGCUCGCUUGUGCUCUGGGUGAGCCCAUUGACACGAGACUCUGUGCGACCGUUGAGGAAGCUCACAAGAAAUGGAUCAAGGGGCUUUGCAACGCUUACAAUGCCCACAAGGACGAAUUUGGCUGGUCUGGCCGUCGUCUCUAUUUUGAAGGUGAGACGCUGCCAGCUCGGCCGGCAGACCCUCUCGAGGCUUACACCACUCUGCCCAGACUCAGCAAGCUUUGA